GAUCAUGUUUAACGGUAGCAGGAGCGACGGGCCGAAUGGUCUACCCGUUUUUUUGCUUCUUAAAACCGCAGAUUUCAUGCUCCCGCCCCGUGCGCUCGGCUCGUCCAAUCAUCGGCCGUCUGAUUACUGCCGCCCAGCCAAUGGGAGACCAACUCCGCUCCAUCAAUCACCAGCGGAGGGGCAGUGAGUGAGAGAGAGAGGGUCGGAAGGGGAAUGAGGGGGUAGCGAGGCGACAUGGCUGUGAGGGCGUUCGGUGGCCGGCGGGGAGAGACAGCUGCCUCUGGAGUCCGUCCCGCCGAUCCCGAUGUACAUGCCCCUGUAUUUUUGGUGCCUUGGAAUUGAUGUAAACAAAAUUACAGGAAACUAUUUUGGACAUUUGAAUCAAUAUCUCUUAUAGUUGUAAUAUUUCAAAAUGAUAGGCAAAUUAAAACACAACUUACUUUUAGUAUGUUUAAUGAUCAGUUCACUAACAGUGUUUUACCUGGGCCGUUAUGCAUUAGAAUGCCACCAUAACAUAGAUCACAACCAUAAACAUCCCAACAUGUUAGCUAACGGAAGAUCAUUAAGUUAUGUUUCAGGAACUGGAUUCAAAAAUAAUUCAAAAAGAUUUGUGUACAACAAAGACAUGCCAUUAAUAUUUAUUGGAGGAGUUCCAAGAAGUGGCACCACACUCAUGAGGGCCAUGCUUGAUGCUCAUCCUGAUGUUCGCUGUGGGGAAGAGACUAGGGUUAUUCCAAGAAUCCUGGCAAUGAAGCAUAUGUGGAGCAAAUCUGGCCGAGAAAAGCAGCGAUUGGAUGAAGCUGGAGUAACAGAUGAAGUGCUGGAUUCAGCCAUGCAAGCCUUUUUACUAGAAAUAAUUGUGAAACAUGGAGAGCCUGCUACAUACUUGUGCAAUAAAGAUCCAUUUGCCCUUAAAUCAUUGACAUACUUAAGUAAAAUUUUUCCAAAUGCCAAAUUCAUUCUAAUGAUACGAGAUGGUCGUGCUUCAGUUCACUCUAUGAUUACUCGGAAAGUUACCAUAGCGGGUUUUGAUCUCAACAGUUACAGAGACUGCUUGACCAAAUGGAACCGUGCCAUUGAGACUAUGUACAACCAGUGUUUGGAAACUGGAUUUAAUAAAUGUUUGCCAGUACAUUACGAACAACUUGUUUUACAUCCAGCAAAAUGGAUGAGAAAUGUUCUACAGUUCCUGGACAUACCUUGGAAUACAGCAGUAUUGCAUCAUGAAGAAAUGAUAGGAAAAGUGGGUGGUGUUUCUCUUUCUAAAGUUGAACGAUCUACAGAUCAAGUCAUCAAACCAGUCAAUAUUGAAGCCUUAACAAAAUGGGUGGGAAAAAUUCCACACGAAGUAGUUCGUGAAAUGCCAGUGAUUGCCCCUAUGUUAGCAAAGCUUGGAUAUGAUCCAUAUGCAAAUCCACCAAAUUAUGGAAAACCAGAUCCAGCAGUUAUUGAAAACACUAAAAGGGUCAUCAAAGGUGACUUUCAGCGACCUGAAUUUCUUAAAGAUCAGCCACAGACAUUGCACAAGGCGAGAGUGAUGGUGGUUAUUUCAGGACCCAAGGGAAACCAGCAAUCAGAUGAUACAAUGUCGGGUUCCGAGCCAGAAGACGACGUUAGGAAGCCAGCUCCCACCCGACCCGCAAAUACAUUGAUUAUGCAAAAGUUCCCAGAGGUUGUUCCCCUGAAUGUAGGAGGCAUGCAUUAUACCACAAGACUCUCCACCUUAAGGCGCUACGAAGACACGAUGCUAGCAGCAAUGUUCAGUGGCAGGCAUCAUAUUCCCACUGAUUCAGAGGGACGCUUCUUUAUUGAUAGAGAUGGGACCUACUUUGGAGAUAUCCUUAAUUUUUUACGGAAUGAUGAUUUGCCUCCCCGUGAGCGAGUGAGAACAGUUUAUAAAGAAGCACAGUAUUAUUCUAUUGGACCAUUACUCGAGUGUCUGGAUGAGCUGCAGCCCUUGGCUAGUGAAAAAGUCAGAAAGGCAUUUUUGGACCUGAUGCCUUAUUAUAAAGAAAACUUGGAAAGGAUCAUUGAAAUUGCAAAACAGAGAGCAAUGCAACGAAAAGCAAGGUUUGCAAAAUUGAAGAUUUGUGUUUAUAAGGAGGAGAUGCCAGUUACGCCGUAUGAGCGUCCGCUGUACAACUCGCUACGUUUCGAUAGAAGUGAGAACGAGACAAAACUGUUUGAGCAUCACUGUGAAGUAGAUGUGUCAUUUGGCCCAUGGGAAGCAAUUGCGGAUGUUUAUGACCUUCUCCAUUGCAUCGUGACAGACUUAGCAGACAGAGGUAUUACUGUGGAUCACCAGUGCAUAGGUGUUUGUGAUAAGCACCUCAUAAACUAUUAUUACUGCAAGCGCCCAAUUUAUGAGUUCAAGAUUACCUGGUGGUAACUGAAUUUUGUAAUUAUUUUGAGCUUCCUUAUUUAUCCUCUAAAAUAUUAUUAGCAUAUAACUUUAGAAAAUUAACAUUAAAGACACCAGCAAUCUAAUAUUGUACAGAUGAAUUCUGUGUCCAGAAGUAUCCUGUAACAAGACAGAGAUGGCUUGGUUAUUUGCAAACUGGAGUAUUAGCAUACAACAACAGAGCACAUUUAUUAAUGCCUUAAACUGAUUUGUUUGCAAGAGCAAGGAGUUUCUGUGAAACCUCAGAAUGCAGAAACACUGAACAAUCACUUUAUUAGCAUACUAUGUAGUUAAAUAUUUUUCUCAUAUUUCUCCAUUUAUGUAUUGUGUGAUGGUACAUAUAUAAACAUAGGUUUUGUAUAUAUGCCGUGUAUAUACAGUAUAUGGUGCCUUUCAUGAACUCAGGAUGUCCCUAAGCACAUUAAUGCUGAUGUAAUACUUUCAAUGUUUAGUCACAGCUGCAGCACGGGGAAGACGACAGCCAGCUUAUGCACAGCAGGUUGUUACUUAGAGUAAUAUAGUACUGAUUUGAGUGAGAUUAAUCAAGACCUGAACAUGAGACUGCUCACCUCUUCAAAGUAGCGCUAUAGGACCUUUUACAUCUACAUGAGGGAAUAGGUGAGGUCUUGGUAUAAUGUCUCAUCUGAAUGAUAGGACUUAAGUAUUACAGCUUUUCCACAGUUUUGCACUGCUGUCUCAGCCUAGAUUUUAUAAUUAAGGUCAUGAUUCUUCACUGUACAAGCUGGUGUCCAAAUGAACCCUGUUUAAAAAUUCCAUGCUGCAGGGUCUACUUCAGAUUUUUUUUCCAUAAUUUGAUUUCAAAUGUGUUAAAUGGAAAUUAAUGAAACAAUGUGAGGUUUUUUUGCUAGAAGGUGGGAUUUUCUGGCGCUGUUCUUCAUCAGAUGUUUUUUUUUCUUAUUUCUUAAAGGGCUUAUAGAGCUUUUAAAUGACGGCAAGUCUUUGUACUCAAAGUGUUGCUUUUAGUCAGACCUGUAUUUUGUGGCUUUUGUGUCACGGACUGUUCAGUAUUUGUUGUCCAUUUGCCUUGAAACUGACUAAAGUUUUUGAGUUUAAUGUAAUUCCUGAUGUUGCAGCCAGUAAUUGUACUUCUCCAUCAAUUGUUUUCCAUCCUACUCAGUCCCAUGUCAGAUAUUUAUGAACUAUGCUCACCUAUAUAGUCUCUGAAAGUGUUGUCCAUUGGUGUAUGAUGUCUAAUGGUGUAUAGAACCACGAUCACUACUUUGCAAAUCCUGGUCUUAAAAUUCCAUUUUAUUUUAGUGAAUUUUAUCCCCUCAAAUGUUUCAUUGUAUAUUAGACUUUUAAAUGUUAUUUUGGAAAUAUUUAUUUAUGUGUCAGCUGCUACCUUGUGUAUGUAUAAAAUGUUAGUUUAGUGCUCUGCAAAACAUUUACAAUAGAAAUAAAUAUAAUUAAAAUAGAAGCAAAUAUGUGCUUUAUUAUAUUAGUACCUGUAAGAAUUCUUCUCUACGAUUGGCUGCUCAGCUAGUCAGAUGUCAGCUACUUCUGCAUCUCUAGCACCAUCCAAGAAGAACUGAAUGUAUUUGAUCUUCUGCUUCUGAUGGGAAUGAGCUUCAACUCUCCCUCAAUCACAUUUUUGAAAGGCAAGUCCACCCUUGCAUUCCAGGUUUGCUUGUCAUGUUUUUGUUUCAGUUUACAUUGUAAUGGUCCUUACUUCAGUUAAUUAUAUUGUAUCAUAUACAUCUGUGGUAAUAAAUUUGAUUCUUCUU